AUGUCCCAGUCGGCCUCACAGAAUGCCUCCACCACGUCCGGACAGUCCUCCAAUCCCGCCCGCGCCACCGAACUCGCCAGUCUUAAGAUAAGACUGCGCGCCGCCCUGCGCCAGUUCCCGGAUUUCCCCUCGCCUGGCAUCUUGUUCGAGGAUAUCCUGCCCAUCUUCGCCGACCCGACUCUGCACGAGGCCCUGCUCCGCUCCCUCGAGCUGCACAUCUCCGAGGCUUAUCACCAAAAGCCGGAUGUCAUUGUCGGCCUCGAUGCCCGCGGCUUUCUCUUUGGGCCCAGUCUCGCUUUGAGACUGGGUGCUAGUUUUGUCCCCGUGCGUAAGCAAGGGAAACUUCCGGGACCUUGCGAGACCGAGGCAUACGAGAAGGAAUACGGCCAGGACUUUUUCCAGAUGCAGGCCGAUGCUGUGAAGAAGGGCCAGACGGUUCUCGUGGUGGACGACAUUAUCGCGACAGGAGGCUCGGCAGCCGCUGCUGGAUCGCUCGUCCAGAAACUCGGAGGAAACCUCCUGGGCUUUGUCUUUAUUCUCGAACUCGAUUUCCUCAAGGGACGAGACAAGCUUCCAGCCCCCGUUUUCACCCUUCUUCACGGCCAGGAGGGGAAGCCCUAG